AUGCCAUGGAAGGCCAAAUCCUCCCCAUUCGAGGAGAUGCCUGCUGCGACUUGGGUUCAUUUCUUUCAGAGCGUCGGUCUCGACAAGAUUGAAGAUUGGGAUGACCAGGGCAUGCGGCGGGUCAUUGCUGACUAUCUGCCGAGUGACCUUUUGGCUGCCCCUCCGUACGCACAGAUCGGUGUUGUUGUCACAGCUGCCUCGACAACACAAGGAGGGGCAUUCUGGACCACCAAUACGCAGUCGGAGUACCCCAUCAUCUUCGGUCAUGGCUUUCAAUUUUACUUCCGUCAACAUCCUAUUCUUGGAGUCCUUGGAGUAUACUGGCAGUACAGUAAGAAGAGAAAGUCCAAGCACGAUUCUCGCCCUACACGCGGCGAUAUUGGAGCCAAUUGGCUGUACAACAAGACGAAUAGAGGCAAAGAAGAUACUCAACAGAAAGCCCGCAAAGAAGCGUUUGGGACGGUUUGCAGUCUAUCUCAGCUCCGUGUGGCCAUGCUUCACGCUCGUGGGACCAUAGAGGUUGACAGACAAUCGCUGUUUCGCACUGCACCUCUUGUGCGCGGGAAUGAUACAUCUUCUCCGGUUCUGAACUUGUUGAACGGACAGCAUCGAGUCCAGACAUUGCGGUUCAUGCUGUCUGUUUCAAAGAAGCAGAUGAAAGCCUGGAGCCAAGAGUCGUUCAUCCUGGACUACGGAGAACUUUCCCAAGACCAGUACAUGCCCAUUGUUGGGCUAUUCUUGGCCAGCACACCGCGACAUCUCCCUGCGUUGUUUCCGACGGAUAUGUUGAGCAAAAAGCCACCGCUCACGACCCUGGCUUUGAAUGGACACUACUGGACUGAGGUCACAAGCGAAGACAUCAGAGGGGAUGAUAUGUCCGACUGGCCUUUGUCACUGAAGCCUCCAAGUUGGGAGGGUGUUCAGUGGCUUAAGACUGGCAUGGCUGAAAUCGGGCUCAUCAACCGAAAGAGCUUUGACGAAUACGUUGAGAAAGUCCGGCAUGAGGUGGAUGAGCAGUUGAAGCGCGGCGAGAACGAGACACCAAACCCGAUCGUCUUCAAAGUUGUCCUGCUUCUCUGUCUGAAGAUGCUCCACAACGCUGGUACUUUCCGCACGUGGUUUGUUGACUAUCCACCAGAAGCCCGCUCUUGCUUGAGAUACAUCACGCUUCUACAAAUAGAGCUACGGGAUCGUUGGUUUCUGGGUCAACCAAGAGCACACAUCGAGUCUCGCGCGAUUCUCAUUUGUAACACGACCAUCACAUUGAUGCUGGCGGCUAAUAUCGCAUCUGACAAAGAAGACAUGAGUCAUUCAACGUCCAACACCGGAAAGGGUAACAUCUGGAACCACCAUUCACGUUACGAUGACUUUUUGAAAUCUUUGGGCCUAACUGACGGAACUCUGGAUGAAGCUCGUCGAAGCUGGAAUGUUCAACGAAGCUGUGAUCGCAAAAGCCUUUCGAUCAGUGCCGCUGAUGAACCCAAACGAAACGCCUCAGAAGGUCCUGGUGAGACGCUGGCACCUUUGGCUUCACAGUGGAAGCCGUUCGAUUCAGAGCUGAAGCGUCUUGUGUGUACCGUGUACAACAAAGAAUGGGAGCUGUUCAACACUCAUCAACUCUUGAACAGGCUGGCCAAACCGGUUGAACUGGGGCCUGAUCAGACGUACCGGAAAUGGCGGCCCGUCCAGGUUGCAGGGGAAGACCAGUCGACUAAGACGAUCGAUGAUCUGGUUAUAUAUCGCUGCGUCUCGAUUGCGAUGCUGUUUCAAACAACACCUGACAAUAGCGACUUACGUCGAUCGGGCCUCUGGGAACAAGUCGUGGCUAUCAUUUAA